AUGGAGCUGGAUAUUAAUCCUGGGAACGCUGAGAAGAAGGCAGUGGGGAAGCAGGGGUCGGGGAAAGUGGGGGUGGGAGGAGAUGAGGAGAUGGUGGUAAAGGAGGAGAGGAGGGAUGGGGAGGGGAAGGAGGAGGGAAAGAAGGAGGCGAAAGAGGGUGAUGUUGAGAUGGAUGGUGGCAGUGGUGCUGGCAAUGGUGUGGGUAAGGGCACAGAUGUCAAAGCAGAGGAGAAUGGAGUGAAAACAGAGGUGAAAGAAACAGAGGGGUCACAGAAAAGAGAGAAUGAUGGAGCAGUAGCAGCAGUGACAGCACACACGCCUGCACCAGUUGCCACCUCAGCACACAUGUCAGCGCCUGAUUGGCCGAAGCAGUUUGUCGUGGAUCUGCACGUGUCUGUCAACCCUGUCACCGGGCGGCUGUUUUUGUUUGUUGUACUUUCAGACGGGCGGCUGCUGGGCUUCAGAGCGUUCUGCCCCUCGGGAGCUUCCCCUGGAGAUGUGAUUGCAGCGAGUGUGACAGUAACAGGGGAGCGUGGUGUGAAGGUGGGAGGGCGAGCAGGGGGAGGAGGAGGACAUGGGGUGGGGGAGGGGGAACCUGGAGGAAGGGCAGGUAGCAUUGGGGUAGGUGGAUUUGGGGUAGGUGGGUUGCGGUUCAAGAGGGUUUGUUUAGAGGAGGAAGAGGCAGGGAUUCAUGAGGUGGAGGGGGAGGAGGAAGGGGAGGAGGAGGGAAAAGGGGAGGGGGCGGUGGGGAGAGGGGCAGGUCCUAGUGGGGGAGCAGGGGGAGAGGGCAGGAUGAAGCAGGAGGGAGGGGGCGAGAAAGGGGGAGGUGAGAGUGGGGGAGGUGAAAGUGGGGGAGGUGAUCCUGCAGCAGAAGAGAAGGCGCAGGGAGAGGAGGGUGCGGAGAGGAGCAGGAGGGCUGGGAGGGCGAGAAAGAAAAUGCUGUUUCCGUAUCAAGGGGUGGGGCUGGAGGGGAGUGGAGGAGGGGGUGGAGGAGGGGGGUUUGGUGGGAGGGGUAAGGGGGGUGUUGGUGACAGUGGUGGCAUUGGCGGUGUGUUUGUGGCUGGGAGUAGGCCCAGAUGGCUGAUGCUGCUGCGAGAUAGAGUGUGGGUGCACCCUGUGGCCGCAGAGGCAGCAUCGAGCGUGGUGGCAAUGGCGCCCUUCCACAACGUCAACUGCACGCAUGGCUUCCUCCUCAUCUCCUCUCUAGGCGUGCUCUCCAUCUGCCAGUUGCCCCCUCUCUUCCAGUUCGACAACGCAUGGCCCCUCAACAAGAUUCCCUUGCGCUCAACCCCCCACUCGGUCACUCUCUCCCCGGACGCAGCUCAUCUUUUCCUCGUCACUUCAACCCCCGUGUCUCGGCCAGUGUCUCAGUUCCUGGUUCCUUCCCUAGAAGACCCAAAAGAUCCAACAACCGCAGCACUAGGCUUGGCCGGACCUGGAGGUCCGGGAGCUCCAGGAUCCUCCGGCACAGACGCCGAAGCAGUAGCUAUGGUUGAGGACUUCCAGCUUCGGGUGGUAACCUGCCCGAGCCUAGAGGCCCCGAGCCGCGCCCUGGAGGUUCGGCAGAGAUUUGAGUUCCAGCCGUUUGAAGCGGUGACAAUGGUGAAGUCAGUGGUGCUGAGGAAUCGCAGCAGUGGGCAGUUACAGACGCUCCUGGCUGUAUGUACGACGUUUAUCACAGGGGAGGACGCACCUGGGAAAGGCAGGAUCCUGCUCUUCGAGUACAACCCACUGGCAACAGCUGAUGGGGAUGGUCCUGCUGCUGCUGGCACUGGUGUAGCCGCAACGGCAGAUGCAGAGGGUAAAGCGGCAGGUGGAAGCAAUGGAAUUCCCUUGCUGAGGGAGCUCUAUUCAAAGGAGCCCAUAGCGGGUAGCAGUCAAAGAGGCAGCGUGGCAGCACUCACGGCGCUGCAGGGCAAUCUGCUGCUGGCAGUCGGGCGACAGCUGGUGCUGUAUGCAUGGAACGGAGUGGAAUUAGAAGGAAUCGCCUUCCUUGAUGCUCCUCUCUACGUGGUUUCCAUGGCAACGGUGAAGAGCUUUGUGAUUGUAGGUGAUGUGCUAAAGAGCGUCUACUUCCUGCACUGGAGAGAGGAGGGCGCUCAGCUCACCCUCCUCGCGCGCGACUUUUCCUCUCUGCCGAUCACAGCCGUCGAUUUCCUCAUCGACGGCUCAGCUCUCGGGCUGCUGGCCACCGACACGGCCAAGAACCUCCAAGUCUUUGCCUACUCCAAGUCCAUUGAGACACACAUGGGUCAGAAGCUGCUGCUUAAAGCAUCUUUCCACACAGGAGAGGUGCUCUCGAAGGUUCUCCGGCUGCCGCUGCCCCCUCCUCUUGCCACAGCAGCAGGAGGAGGAAGAGGAGGAGCGGGAGGAGGAGGAGCAGCAGCUUCGGGCCGAACCAACAGGUUCGGCGUGCUUGCAGGGACGCUCGGCGGGGCGAUUGUGGUGGUGACGCCAGUUCCAGAGCUGGUGUUUCGGAGGCUGGAUACAGUGCAGCGUUACAUGGUAACCGCAGUGGAGCAGACAGCAGGGUUACACCCGCUGGCGUUCCGGGCGGUGCAAGGGCUGGGGAAGGGGCAGCAGCAUUCCGGAGUGGAGCGAAUGAUUGACUCUCAGCUUCUUGCUCAGUAUGCACUGAUGGAGGACAGUCAGCAGCAGCAGCUAGCAGAGGACGUCGGUUCCACUCGUCCCAUGGUGCUGCAGAACCUGCGGGACCUUGCCCACAAUGCCAUGCUCUUCUAG